CUGGUCACGAUGGUAUGGCCCUCCUUUACCGUCGCUAGUAACCAUCUUGCAAGUCUCUUUUCCCAUGUUUCCUAUGUGCACGACCACGGACAGUCCUGGACUGAGAACAGCGGCUUUCUUUAUUCAUCGACUCUGACAGCUAUCUGGCGGCGGCUUUGACGAGACAAUUCGAGAGCAGACGGAGGCUGAGAGACAAGGAUUGGCAGCAUCGUGUACUCAUGCUCUGCUUGUGUUCGGUCUGAAGUAGGCUGAGGCCAUGAUUGACCACAUACUUGGACGACCCUCUACUCGAUUUCGGAAGUACCAAGUCUUCGCCGUCGUCCUCUUCUGGUCUUUCUACCUCCGAAAAGCCCCCAAGAACGGGCCUCCCCCGAUCAACAAAAUCUCGAAAUGGCUCUCGCGACGCUUCUCCCUUCACCAGGCAGUCGUCAUUUUCUGUGUGUUGCUCUAUGUCACGCGCAACUUUGCAAGAGUGGUGGGUCUUGAGUCUCCAGAGCCCUUGGCAAGUCUGUAUGAUCGCAGCUUCUUCCGCGCCACAUGGAUCACCACCGCGCUCGAUGCCGGGUUCUGGACAGCAAUGCAUCUACGACCUGCAUGGUUGAGGAGCACGUGCGAAAUUGUGUUCACAGUCUACUACCUCGUAUGUGCCGAGCAGGCAGAUGAGAUGGUGAGGAGAGUAAGAGGUGCUCUGAACGUUCAGCAUUUGAGAGUCAGCUGGAACAAGCCAAACAGUCCCGUGCUCAGCUUCUUGACGAAGCUCAUGAGACCAAAGUUCAUGAAGUAUGAGCCGCGCAAGAUUCAGCUCCGCAGGCCGAAAGAGAGCGAUUACCAUGACCCGGUGGAUGCAUGGCUGUAUUUCGAUGGGGAUGACUCGGAAUUGAGACGGCAGGACAAGAUCGUAUUGGAUAUUCCUGGAGGUGGCUUCGUGGCUAUGGAUCCACGAUGCCAUGACGACAAGCUGCUUGCUUGGGCAGGUAAACUCGGGAUACCUGUCCUGGCUCUGGAUUACAAGAAGGCGCCCGAACACCCUUAUCCAUAUGCUCUCAAUGAGUGCCAUGAUGUGUACUACCAGCUUCUUGCGACGCGCGGGCGUUGUAUUGGUCUCUCGGGAGAGAUGAUUCCACGAGUGAUUGUCGCAGGCGACAGUGCUGGAGGGAAUCUCGCAAUUGCUAUGACUUUGAUGAUACUGGACGCUCAAUCUCCAUACCAGAAUUGGCGGCAUGGCGACAAGCUGAAUAUGCUUCCGCCACCGGAUGCAGUGGUAGGAAUAUAUCCGGCUCUGGAGAUGAACAUUGGCAAUUGGAUAUCUGAUGAACAGCUAUCUUUACUUAAGGCUCCAGAGCGGCGAAAGCAGAACAAAAGCAUCCUCGACCGCAAGACAGAGGAUUACCGAAAGCUGACACCCAAUACGCCAUACGCCUCGGACAACGAAAAAGAUGACGAUGCAAAUGGAGAAUUACCGAAACGGAAAAUGCUAGCACGAAACGACUCCUUCCAUCCACGACUGAAAACGCGAUUGGCAAUGAGCAGCAUGAUAUCUUACUUCAACGACCGCAUUAUCUCGCCAGAGAUGCUGCGAUCCAUGAUUUUGCUAUAUAUUGGCGAGCACAAUCGACCGGAUUUUUCAACCGAAUUCCUCCUCUCGCCGGUCAGAGCGCCCGAGGAGCUGCUGACAAAGUUCCCAAGAAUGUUUCUUCUGUGCGGUGAGCGCGAUCCACUUGUGGACGAUACUGCAAUCUUUGCCGGACGAGUCCGCCAAGCCAAACUGUUCGAGUUCAGGCGGAGGCAAGAAUUGGGACUGGAACCUGAAGAUGCCCGCUUCGAUGACCGUCAGCACGUAGAAGUCCAUUUUGUUCCCGGAGUCAGCCAUGGCUUUCUGCAAUUCGUGUCGGUGUUCCCCAAGGCAUGGCAAUACAUACAUCUCUGCAGUCGAUGGAUGAGGAAAGUCUUCACGGAACUGGACGCUGAAGAGCCUCUUUCUUCGGCUGCCACGCCUGCCGCUGAUGGUGAUGCCGGGAAGGACUAUUUUACGCACAGGCGCACCCAUUCUCGUCGCGUAUCAGCUUCGAACUCCGAUGCCGACAAGCCACUUGAACUUCACGUGCCUGGCAGGCUACGCAUGACCAAGAUUGACAAUGCCAACCCAAGGCGCCAGUCCGGCUCUGGGGCUGCUGCGAAUUCCAGCGCAAGUGGUAGUCGAAGACGGGCAAGGGUGAGAUCUGGUAGGAUGAGUCCUGCUGAUACUCGAACAAUCGUCCACCGGCUUGCGAGUCAUGAGGAUUUGCUUGCAAGACGAAUGAACAAUAUGACAGCAGGCUUGGUUGGUGACCCAAAACCUGAGCCAGAUGACGAUUAGUGCCGUAUGGGAAACGAUAAGACGUGUUCAGACAAUCUAGAUGUAGAGCCCCAAUUCAGGAAGCAGAGCCAGCAAUUGCAAAUUAAUUCACACAUCUAAGGCUUGAACACAUUGGGCC